GGAGCAUGCGUAUUACGGGGCGGGCGCCCGGCUGAUGACAUAAAAACCGGGCUCCGGAGCCACUCGCACGAGUUCUGCUGUUGAGGCGUGGUGAUGGCUUCUCGCGGGCGGAGACCUGAGCUCCGCGGGCCCCCGGAGCUGUAUUACGACAAAAAUGAAGCCCGGAAAUACGUGCGCAACUCACGGAUGAUUGAUGUCCAAACCAAGAUGGCUGAGCGGGCGGUGGAGCUUCUUUGUGUGCCUGAGGAUAAGCCCUGUUAUGUGUUGGAUAUUGGCUGCGGCACUGGGCUGAGUGGCGAUUACCUCUCAGACGAGGGGCACUACUGGGUGGGCAUUGACAUCAGCCCUGCCAUGCUGGAUGAGGCCUUGGACCGAGACACGCAGGGAGAUGUGAUUCUGGGGGACAUGGGUCAGGGCAUACCCUUCAAACCAGGCACCUUUGAUGCUUGUAUCAGCAUUUCUGCAGUGCAGUGGCUCUGUAAUGCUAACAAGAAGUCUGAUAUUCCUGCCAAGCGCCUGUACCGCUUCUUCUCGUCCCUCUACUCUGUUCUGGUUCGUGGAGGCCGAGCUGUCCUUCAAUUGUACCCCGAGAACUCAGAGCAGUUGGAGCUGAUCACCACCCAGGCCACCAGGGCCGGCUUCACUGGCGGUGUGGUGGUAGACUACCCCAACAGCGCGAAAGCCAAGAAGUUCUACCUGUGUUUGUUUUCUGGACCUUCGACCUCUAUACCAGAGGGCCUGAGCGAAGAUACCGAGGAGGAGAAGCCCGCCGAGUCCACGUUCACAGCUAAGAGUCUCUCAGGGUCUGAUGUGGCAGUGACAGCAAGGUGGAGAGGAGACUGGGGAACCCUCUGGGACGCUGUGUGCCCCUACUUCUGGCUGCGAGAGUGGAGCCCUGCUGGACGUCCGUGGGCAGCCUGCUCCGUCCGCCCAUCCUCUUGCUGCCCCCAGCAGCUGGCCCCCUCCUCCCCAGGCUGCCUCUGUCCCCUGGAUCCCAGACCCCCUUCCUGUGGCCCCUGUGGCUCCCUGUCCCCCUGCAUCCUCAUCUUUACCCUCUCGAGUCAUGGCUCUCAGCACUCAGCAGUGCUGCACAGUUUAUCCUGACUUUAAAAAAGAUCCUCCCUUAUCCCUGUAACAGCUCCUGACUACCACUCUGUUUAUCCACCCCUGCUUAUUGGCUUCUGGUUAUGGCAGAACUCCUCGCACUGGCUCCCCUGCCUUUUUCAGUCCUCUCCUCUGACUCCGGCUUGUCUCAUCACAAAUUGCUCUUGCCGCCACCAGCCUGUCUUAGCAAACCCAUGAGCCUUUUUUCUUUCUCCAUCUUCAUUGUAACUUGCUUGGUAAGUAGGAGCUAAGGCAGCCGAUUGCUCCCUUAACGCUUUCUUCACUUGGCUUCCUACCUCCCUCCCUCCCUGGCUGGUCCUUCUCCAUUCACUCUGCAGCUCCGCCUGGACCCCUUUUCUCUGUGUGCUGCUGCAUGAAACACCAGCUCCAGGUUGAGAACAUCCAGGUAUAUAGCACUGGUCUCAAUCCCACCUCUGGUUUCCAAACCACUUCCCCUCCUGAGUGUCCAGACCUGGACUUCCCACAGGUGUCCAGAGCAAAAUAGAGCCCUUGGUUUCACCCCCAAACUUCCUUCCUCCAUCCUUCCUGUUGUCUACCC